UCUGCAGCGACUUCCUGACACCAAACCGCCGUUUCAUCCGUGGAAACGCCCACAUCUCACCUCUCCUCUCCUCUCCUCUCCACCGAGCUGCUGCUUCCACUGCUGGCCUCAGACGGAGAUGAAGGAUGGACUUUGCCUGCAGUCACGUCGUCUGUAACUGGAGACCAGAUGGAGAAGGUGUUUCUCUGGUCGUUCCCGACUACCACAACGCUCCGACCGUUAAAGUGGAGGAAGCUCCUCCUCCUCCGCUGCCUCCUCGUCAGCUGAGGAAACCUCGACCGUCCUCCAUGACCUUCCCUUCUCCUCCAGACGGUCGAGCUCCAGCCGUCGCCCCUCCUCCGGUUCCUCCUCGCUUCGACAGGCUGGAAGGAGAAAACAGGACCAAAGCCAACGUGAACGUGGUCUCUCUCAGCGUUGGAAGACUGGUGAACAUCAGCCGAGAGUCUGGGAUGGAGAGUUUCCAGAGCCCGGUGGUUUGUGGGAAAUGUAGUGCCGCCCUGUCCUGUCUGAGCUCCGUGCACAACAACGUGUGGCUCUGUGAGUUCUGUGGAGGUGAGAACGUCGUGGAUGAAGGUGUGAGCCAGGUGUGUGUCGGUCAGCGGGCCGGCGUUCGCAGCGACGACAUUUACCUGCCGCAGCAGAGCGACGACGACUACCAGAACCUGGAGGACACGCUGGUGGUCUUCUGUGUGGACAUCUCAGGCAGCAUGAGCAUCACCACCGAGGUCGUUUCAGGCGUCGGUUCUCCAACGUACGUGUCCAGACUGGAGGGCAUCCAGGACGCGCUGCAGAAGACGCUGUCCUCCAUGCUAAAGGAGUCGCCCCACAGGAGAGUCGCUCUGGUGACGUUUAAUAACGAGGUGGUGAUCUACGGCGACGGUACCACAACUCCUCUAACCCUCAGAGACUGGGCUCUGAUCGAUGAAGAUCACAUCUGGCAGCAGAGUUCGGCCUUCAGCGUUCCUCACUGCAUCGCUGAGACACAUCUGCAGCUGAAGCAGAGGAUCAAGGACCUCAGGGAACACGGAGUCACGGCUCUCGGUCCUGCUGCUUUAGCCUCUGUUGCCGUGGCGUCCAGGUAUCCAGGGUCAAAGGUAGUUCUGUGUACCGACGGCAGAGCCAACGUCGGACUGGGUGAGAUGGAUCAGAGCCGCUCUCAGCCGCCGUCCGAUGUUCCAGACUUCUACGGACAGGUGGCUCAGCGGGCCGUGGACAGCGGGGUCAUCGUAUCGGUGAUGACGUUUGAAGGGACCGACUGUCAGCUGGUGGACAUCGGCCGACUGGCUGACGCUACCGGAGGACAGGUGAACAUCGUCAGCAUCGGUACCGUAGCGACAGAGAUCCAGUCGGCCUCUGCGGACAACGUCCUAGCAACAGGCGCCACGGUAACGCUGAUGGGUCCUGAUGGAGUAUAUUUUCCAUUUGUAGAAGAAAACGACCACAAAGUGGUGAAAGAGAUCGGUAACGUCACCAGAGGGACGGAGGUCACCUUCCAGUUCGCCGUGAAACCAGAUUUUAUGGAUGCGUUCCUGCAGAAGAACACGAUUCCGUUGCAGCUGAAGCUCAGCUUCAAGACCAGAGACCAGCAGAGAGUGACUCGGAUCAUCACCGAGCAGCGACCGGUGACCAGCAGCGGGCGCGUUCUGAUUGGUCGGCUGAACACGGCGGUGCUCGGCGUCCACAGCGCUCAGCUCUGUGCCUUUCUGACCAUGGAGGGUCGAGUGGAGGAGGCUCAGAGGCAGCUGAAGGCCCAGCAAACACCUGCUCACACUCAUUCCAGCAGGUUGAGGCCAAUCAGAAAGGAGGACAGUAUCUAUGGCAACUGGAUGGACACCAUGACGACCAUCUGUGACGACAUCAAGCCGGACACGCCGCUAUCUCGGAGUCUCUCCGAUGAAGCAGCGAAGGUCGUUUACCAGAUGAGGAGAGCCAGCAGCAUCAGCAUCAACAACACCUACUUCUGUAGAAACACGGCGAAGAUCCAGCAGGGAGCUACGAGGGACAAGGAGGCCCCGACGGAAGAAAAAUGAAAAAAUAAAAUGUCCCGGGGCAUUAAUCUGCCCGUAAUGAAGCAGCUACAGCUCUGGGUUUCUACUAAAGUGGAGAAAAAAUAAGACAAGAACAAGUAAAUGAGACAUGAAUGGACCUUUUUGCACAAACCUGACUCACAUGAUGAAGCGUAAACAUGAAGGAAUCACUCCGUUGUUGUAUUUAAUGCAUCAUACAUGGACCACUGCAGGUUUUAUCACUGAUCCAGAUUAAAAAGGAUCAAUUAUCUAUCAGUUAACUGAUGAAACGUGUCUGUACUGCACCAGAUUUCUGUUUUAAAGAAACUGUUGUUCAGACAGAGAAGAGGCUGUUUGUGUUAGCGUUAAAUCGUGUUUUUUUUUUUUUAAUGAAGCUGACGCCAGAAGAAUAAAGAUUUAAUGCUGUAACUUUUAA